AUGUUGAUCAAGGUGCGAACGUUGACCGGCAAGGAGAUCGAACUCGACAUCGAGUCCGACUACAAGGUCUCCCAGAUCAAGGAGAAGGUGGAGGAGAAGGAAGGCAUCCCGCCCGUGCAGCAGCGCCUCAUCCACGGCGGCAAGCAAAUGACCGAUGACAAGACCGCGGCCGAAUACAACCUUGUCGCCGGCGACACUCUGCAUCUCGUCCUCGCCCUUAGGGGGGGACGGCACUUUCAAUGA